ACGUGACACGGUUGUGCUACGUGACACGAUUCCCUGUGCAACCUGUCACGAUCAGCGAACAUAUGAGGGCGAAAACGUUUUUAAUAUCCUUAUGCGUUCCUGAUGUUGGGGUUCUGUCAUCCCGCCGAUGAAGAGAGGGAGGUUGAGCGGCUUCAUCCAGCUUCUCGACGGAGUUUCCGAGAUGGCGUCAGUAAUUUCUUUCUGAGGGAAAGGGGUAGCUGGGGAGCGGGUGGGAGAUGCAGAGAAGGUGGUAGUCUCCCUUCACUGCGAGGCACGCUCGCUCAGACGGGAGUUCGUAUCCAACUGGCAGCAAGAGAUAAAGAUACUGAUCGGGCCACAGAUUGGAGCCGUGGAUGGAACAAGGGUCAUCCUAGAGAUCGACGUUGUGUGGGGUCCCCGUUGCUGAGCACCACGGUGAAAGUACCACCUUCAUCUGCAGUUUCGACAAGUCGCCCCGCAGCUCGAUCUUCCAUAGCCAUAGCUCCAUCUUCCACAGCCAUAGCUUCAUCUACCACAGCCAUAACUCCAUCUCCCAUAGCCACAGGUCAAUCUUCCACAGCCAUAGCUUCCUCUUACACAGCCAGAGCUCCAUCUUCCACAGCCAUAGCUUCGUCUACCACAGCCAUAGCUCCGUCUUCCACAGCUCCAACUUCCAUAGCCAUAGCUUCAGCAACAUCAGCGUCAGAGCUUGCUAAUAAGAACAGCAGCUCGAAGAAGCCGGAUACCAUCGAUCACAGCGGACAGCCAGCAGGCAGUUCAGAGGAGGAGGAGGAGGAAGAGGAGGAGGAGGAGGAGGAGGAGGAGGAGGCGCAAACGAGUUGUAGAAGUUCCGACUCAUCGGCCAAGGAAUUGCGGACACGUGGCACGUCCACAAUGAAUCAGGUACGCAAGGUGGGCGGCCAUAACAACUCUCACAAGAGACCCGCAGCAGGUCAAUCAGAUUCUCAGGUCCAAGCAGCAGCAGGGGUAGCAGCAGGGGUCGCAGCAAGAGCUGCUGUAGCCGCCGUUGGAGGAUCUUCAGCAGGUAUCAACAACACCCUGACAGCCAUAGAUUUGAGGAGAUCGACGGAGAGCAGGAGUCCGACAACCGCCGGUCGUCGACGAGCCAGCUCGGCCUCGACACGUAAGCCUAAUCAGCAUACCAAUACGAAAAUGAACACGUGUCAUGCGGAGACGGCCCCUCAGCGUACCAGAAGCCCUGGAUCGAAGCUCUCUCCCUCUCCCAAGAAAUCCACUCUGAGAGGAAACAGUCCAGCAGCAGCAGCGGCGGCGACCAUCGGUCGCGCCAGCGGUGCGGCAAAAACCAGCCGCGGUCCUCGACGCCGUUCUCCUUCUUCUUCUUCUUGUUGCUCUUUGUCCCCGAGCGCCGGUGCCGCUCGCUCCUCCUCUUCCAUUUGCUGCUCUUCGUCAUCAUGCUCUUCCUCUUCUUGUGCUGCAGCGGUUUCUUCUUCUUCAGCUGCAUGUGGUGCUGCUGUGUCCUUUGCAUCUUCCAGUCUGAAAGCCACGUGUCGCAGUCGGCCGGCUUCCAUCGAGGUCCAGCGCUCGAUUUCCAAACGCCGCGUCUUACCUUUGGUCGACACAACCAAUACCAAAGCGACACGUGGCAACGAAUCCUGCACCAACGCUGCUGCUGGCAAAGACCAGUCCAUCGCCGCUUGCACGGUCAUAGCUGCUUCCACAGCCUCAGAACCCAACGCUUCCCAAACUCAAUUGGGUGAAGGUCGACUCUCCUCCUCCUCCUCCUCCUCUUCCUCUCCCGCCAUCGCCACGCCAGCCAACGGGGACCACCACCUCUCCACUUUUCAAGGCGACACGUCAUCAUCCCUUCCCUCUGCCGCGCAGUCGACUUCCUCAUCAAUCUCGGAGGCAGAGCGCGCCGAAAGUGACUCUCAGCUUGAUCGAGGGACUGCGAGUGACAGCAGUACCGUAACUCAACAGGAAUGCAGCCCAGGUUCAGAACCACGAGAACACCGGGGGGAAGAUUGCCCACCUCCUAAGGAGGAGGGAACAGCCAGCUUGAGUCGCCAAAGGGAGGAGACCGGGCAAUCAUUGCAAUUAUUAGAUCCUAUAGCCCUAGCGAAAGACGCCAGCGGUGAUACGAACCCACCACUAGAAGCUGCAGUCCACUGCAGGAGAGCUGAAGACCAAGCUCGAGCUCAGCUAUGUCAGCAGAGUGUCGACGAUAGCGGGCAGCUAUGUCAGCAGAGUGUCGACGAUAGCGGGCAGCUAUGUCAGCAGAGUGUGGACGAUAGCGGGCAGCUAUGUCCGCAGAGUGUCGACGAUAGCGGGCAGCUAUGUCAGCAGAGUGUUGACGAUAGCGGGCAGGUUGGAAGGCCGUCUUCGUCGUCCUGCAGAAGACUGGAGCGGGAGGGAGAAGAUAACCAAGUCAAAGAACUACUACGUUCUAGUAUUGCUGCGUCAUUGCACAAGCCAAUUAGCGCUCUUCUUCUCCUCCCUCCUCCUCCUCCUCCUCCUCAUGGUGUUCUUCCUGCUUCGUCCAUCACGACCUCGAGAGCACAAUGUGCAGACGAGGAGCAGAGAGAGAGAGAGGGGAAUCUAACAGACGACGAGGAGAGACAGAGAGAGAGAGAGGCUGCUGCUGCUGCUGAUGCUGCUGCUGCUGAUGCUGCUGCUGAUGCUGAUGCACCUCCAGCAGCAGGUCACAGGCUCGAUUCCGGCGGAUACUUAACUCCAGAACCUGACUUAGAUGGUUCAUACCCCAAGAGACGAAGACACAGUCUAGACUCGUCAGAAGACACAACAAGGUUCACGAGUAGCACUCAAUCUAGAAAUGCCCUCGGGGUUGUAAAUGAUGUUGCCCCUGUUGUUGUUGCUCAGCUGCCAGCGCUGGGAGCAGAGCACCCUCAUCCCCCGCCAACGCAAUCAGAUCUCCAAGGAAACAUACACGACGUGUUUCCUCCCUUGAUUACCUCCUCUACUUCUUCAGCUGCGUGCCCCCCUCCUGGCUUUUCAGAUCAUGAGCAGCAUCGCUGCAACAAGUCCCUCGUUAGUGCUGGCAAAGCCUUGUCAUCAGUCCGUCGCUCUGCUGCUUAUCGCGAUGGAGAAAGUGCCACUGCAAUUAUCUUAACUCAGUUCUCGUCGAGCACCGACCUCGCUCGUGCUGCAGUCGAUCGAUCGACUGAUCCUGCAGAUCGGUUGCCUGUGCCUCCCACUGUCCAUCGCUCCUCCUUCCAUAGCUUAGCUUUGCUUGGUGGUACUGAAGACCUCCGAUCUGUCAUUCGAUACCCCCUCUCCUUUGUGAACGAGCUGUACGAAGAUGAGGAGGAGGAGGAGGAGGAGGAGGAUGAAGAUGACUAUGACAAUGAUGAUGAUGAUGAUGAUGAUGGAGAGGAAGAGGAGGAGGAGGAGGAGGAGGAAGCGGAAGACGAUCAGUCCUCCCCCUCGAUGCACACUUGCCCUUCACCGUCUCAACAGUGUUUGUCAGAUGACGAUCCGACGGCGGAAUGCCGCUCAUCUGGCAGCACCAUCAACUGUCGAUCGCUCCGGACACCAAAUUCUCCCUCCCGUCCUCCCUCCCCGCCUUUGGCAAGCAUGCAAAUGCAAUCUAGACAUGGUCUACCUUGCGAUGCUCGGCUUCUUCCUCCUCUUACUCUUUCUCCCUCGCUAUUGCCAUCCCGACCCACCACCCUCGCUCACACCAUCUCCUCGUCCUCCACCUCCACAAUGCAAGCCUUCCAACAGGCGGCAAUGGCCUCAGCCAGGACCAGAGGGGCUGGCCACGAUAGUAGUGUCUUCUCUCGCACCAACACUAGUCUAACUCACGACCCUUCUUCUGCUCCUCAUCAUCAUCCACCGCCACUACUUGGUGUUUCCCACACUCAUCUUCCUCCUCGUCCUCAUCAUCCUCCUCCUGCUGUUGUGACUGCGACUGCUCGUCCUGUCGUCACAUAUCCUCCUGCUGUUGUGACUGCUAUGGGAGAUGGAGGUAUGGCUAUGAGAGAUGGAGGUAUGGCUAUGGGAGAUGGAGUUAGUGCUGAGUACUGUCACUCAACGGAGGUCAAGCAUGAGCACAACCUCCAUUCCUCUUCCUCAAUCAUCGAUCAACAACGAGAGAUUACUCCCUCAGAUCUCAACCCCUCUCGCUGCUGUGCAAACUCGCAGCAUGCCCCAACAUCUCUCUCUCCUCCUCAUCCUCCUCCCCCUGCUGCUGCUGCUGCUGCUCCUCCUUCUCCUUACUCUACGCUUGUAGGCGGCGCAGUAUCUUAUGUCCCUGUUCCGACCCUUUACUCCCAAACGAUUCACAUGGAUGCCAGCUCAGGGGAUAUCGCUUCUCUCCGUCAUCGCAUCGUGGAUCUUACCGAAGACAUCAACGGAUCGAGCGCCGAGUUGGGCGGCCAGACUCCUCUCCACGUUGCUGCUGGCGUUGGCAGAACGACUGCAGUCCUCCUACUCGCCGAGAACGGGGCUAAUCUGGAAGGUCGAGACGAUGGCGGCCUCACUCCCCUCCACUUCGCUGCACUCAACGGGCAGACAGCAACUGUGCUUCUCCUUCUGCAACUGGGAGCCGACAAAGACGCUGUCACGGAUUUCGGUCAGACACCCCUCCACGUGUCUGCUGGACAUGGCCGCACUUCGACGAUCUCCGUCCUUCUCCAGCAUGGCGCUAAUCCCGAUGCCAUUUCCAAUUUAGGAAAGUCACCUCUCCACCUUGCCGCUGCUCUCGGCCAAACUACCUCCGCCGCUUGCCUAAUCAAGGCCGGUGCCACCGUGGAUCUUCCUGACGACGACGAUCGGACGCCUCUUCAUGCUGCCUGCGAAUCCGGUCGCUCUUCCAUGAUUGACCUCUUGCUGAGUCAUCACGCCUCCAAGGACGCGCGUGACAAAUCUCGGAUGACACCGUUACACGUGGCAGCACUCAACGGACACACGGAGAGUGUCCGUCGUCUGUUAAUUAGUGGCGCUGACGUGGAUGCUAGGAAUGACCAUUGGGAAACGCCUCUCCACCUGGCGGCGUCAAAUGGAAGAACAGCCACGCUGGAGCUUCUCCUUCGCUACGCGGGAAGACGAUCAAUUGAAUCCGUGACACGUGUCGGGCGCACAGCACUCCACCUGGCUGCAUCGACGGGAAGAGCAGCCGCGGUCCAGGCCUUGCUCACGAGCGGGGCCAACGCUGAGGCCAAGGAUGACUACAGACAAACGCCCCUCCAUCUCGCAGUCCGUACAGCUGAGGAGCAAGUCGCGAUCCUGACCGUUGGGUGCUUGCUGAAAUACUGCGCUGCCAUCGACAGGGAUGCAUGCAACGACUUCGGCAGAACCUCUGUGCAGAUCGCUGCAGAAAGACGGUGCUUUGCCAUGGUCGAGCUGCUUCUACGUUCGUGAUAAAAAUUAAUCAUCGUCGGCAACAGCUCAAACAUUUCAAAAACCACUACUGCAUGUCGCGUGCGCGCGUGUGUGUGUGUGUGUGUGUGCGCUCGCGCACGUUCUGCUUGGCUCUGCACGUACUGACGCGC